AUGACUACCGCACCGCAUAUGCCCGCGAAGGCGCACAGCAGCGACAACGUGCACCAUCGGCCAAAAGGUAUCCUAAAGAACAACUCUGAAGUCUCAGUUCCCACAGUCAUGCCAACAACCGUGCCUACGAUUCCCGAAUCCGAAACGAAGGACAUAACCCUUCAAAACACCCUGCAGAACGCCGGCCCCCGUCGUCUUUCAUCCGCACGACCGGGAUCUUCGGCCCGCCGCCAGUCAGCCGCAAGUGUCUACGACGACAACGAGCCCCGUCUCAAGUGGGACGAAGCGAACCUGUACCUGACCGAGCAGGAGCGGACGGCGAAAAUGAAGAUCGACGAGCCCAAGACUCCCUAUGCCCCGCACUACGACCCCACCGAGGACGACGAAGAGAUGCAGCUUGCUGAAUCUCAGGAUGCGCUUAUUAAUUCCCAGGGCGUUAUUGUCGAUGAACUCGACCGUAAGAAGGUUUCCGAAGACGAGAUUCCGGAAUUCGAGCUCGGCGAGCCAGAGGAAUCACCUCCAGUCGCCGAGGCUGCUCCUGACCAGCGCAUCUAUCGCGAUCGGAGUAUGAGCAAUGAGUCGGCUAAGAGUGAGAAACACGUUCAUGUUGGUACUGAGCCUGUUGAUAAUGACGAUGGGCUCGUCACGACCGAUGAAGCGAAGGAAAAGCAUCGCAAGUUUGAGAAACAGCGGAAAAUGCACUAUGAGAUGAGAAAUAUCAAGGAGUUGCUCGCUCACCCGGAGGACGAGGAUGAAGAUGACGAGAUGACUGGAGCGUAA